AUGUCUGAGUUUUUUUGUUUAUACUUGCAGAGUAGAGGAACGAAACAACAACUGCCGGUUCGGGUACCUAAGAUCAGUGCACUAAGCGCGUUAAAUCCAUUUGCUCACAUAACAAUUGGUGAAACACAAUUAAGCUCAAAUCACGAUGAAAUAACGUUAGUUGCAUUCAAUCCUGAUUUGAAAAGUGAAAUAGCACUAAUUUCUGAAACAGAUGGUCAUAUUCUAUUUUACAAUGAACAGUCAGCUUUAAUCGAUAGUAUUCGUUCAAAAGAAAAAGAGAAAAUAUUUUUAAUUUUAUCUACUAUACAUAAUUUAGUAGAUGUAUUGGAAGAGACAAAUAAACUAAUACAAAUUGAUUCCAUCUAUAUACAUUGUGAUGAGGAAUUUGAUAAACGGCAUGAUAAGACAUUUUUAAAGGGCAAAUAUUCAAAAAUAGUUAGUUUCGUUAAUGAUCGAUCGAAUUUGAUGAAAGAUAUUCAAAAUAAUAUAAAUCAAAUUGAUCAUCAAUCGCAAGCAUUCAAUCUCUACGAUCAAACACAAAAAACUACUCGAGAUUUGACAAAAGAUUCUGGUUCAUUUCUAUUUUUUCAAUUAUUCAAAGAUGUUUUGUUGGAUAUGCCAAAAACAUCACAAGCGAAAGCAGAUAUGAUCGAAAAAUGUCGUGAUUAUUAUCGUGGCAAUACAACAGAACUGGACAAUAUUAAAGAGUUUGAACAAAACUAUAAAUCAACGGAAGCGAUACCUUGGUACACUAAAGAAUCGUUUUUAUUUCGUCUUGUGAACAAAGCAUUAAGAACAGAAGAUGUAGAAGCACUAUAUACGUUUCGUUUUUAUAUUAUUGAUUUAUGCUUGAGUUUAGAAAAAAAAUUUAAAGAACUAAAACGAAAACAACAAAAACAAUCAACAUCCGUCAUUAAACUUUAUCGUGGUCUACAAAUGGGUCCAAAUGAAAUCGAAAAUUUAAAAAGUAAUAUUGGUAAUUUGAUGUCAACUAAUGGAUAUUUAUCAACGAGUCGUUCACGUAUAAUAGCAUCUAGUUUUGCUUCAGCAGUAGGGAUAAGGACAAAUGUGGAAGCGGUUCUAUUUGACAUUACUGUCGAUUUAAAUGUUGUGGAAAAAAUUAUAUUAGCCGAUAUUGCAGAAUACAGUGCAUUUCCGAAUGAGGAAGAAGUUCUUUUUGAUUUGGGUGCGGCAUUUAAAAUCGAUAGUGUUACGUGGAACGAAGAUGAAAACCUAUGGAUCAUGAAUACUACGGCCACUGAUAAAGGUGCUGAAUUGGCGAAAGAAUAUAUUGAAUAUCAAAGGAAGAAGUUAGCCGAUUCAAAUAUUGUUUUAAUGUUUGGACAUUUACUCGCUGAUAUGGGAGAAUAUGAAAAAUCACAAAAAUAUUUUGAAAAUGUAUUACGUAAUCGACCAAAUGAUGAAGAAGUGGCAUGUGUAUAUAAUAACUUAGGUCGUGCUUUACGUCUCAAAGGAGAAUAUAAUCGUGCAUUAGAUAAUUAUAGAAAAUCCUAUAACCUUCAUAGGUUGGCAAAACAUCCUCGCUUAGUUAGUGCUAGUAAAACAAUGAAUGGCAUCGGAAUCACAUAUAGUGAAAUGGGUGAUUGUGAUAAAGCAGAACAUUCUUUUCAUAUUUCUUUAAAAUUAUAUGAACUUUGUUUACCAGAAAAACAUUUGGAUGUUGCUGCUACAUUGUGUAAUUUGGGUACAGUGUAUUUGGAUCGUGGUGAAAAUGAUAAAGCCAUGGCGUAUUUCAAACGAGCACAGAAAAUACAUUUAUCAUUAUUACCUCAUAAUCAUCCAAAUGUGGCGACAACAUUGGCGAAUAUGGGUAAUGUUCAUUUUACGAACGAAGAAUACGGUAUGGCUAUAGAAUGUUUUACGAAAGCUCGAAAAUUAGCUGAGACAACGUUGCCGGCGAACCAUCCACUCUUGGUAAAUAUAAAACAUUCUUUACUGAUGAUUAAUACACAAAGUACAAUUGAUAUGGUAGUCACCUAUCAUUAA